AUCUUGUUAUGGGGUUUUGCUUUAUCUGACUGGAGUGUCUGUAGGAGUUCUUCUCACUGUUUCCUGCUUCUAGCUUUCUAGGGCUUUUGGGAUCUGGGUUUUGUUUCCUAAGAGUUGAAGGGAAGAUUACGGAUUAGUUUAUGAAGCAGCAGCCUGGGCUUCUAGAGUACAUUUUCCUGCUUAAUCUUCACUUGGGUUUUCGUUGUAGUUUGAAUGCUGAAUGAUUCUCAGUAGUUUUGGUUGUGUAAGGUGGGGCGUCUGCUGGCUGUACCGCAGUAGCCAUGGAAACAAGUAAGAAGAAGCUGGUUCUGGUUUUCACGGUGGUACUCUGCUUUGUUUCAGCAGUUUAUAGUGCCACCAAUCCCGGUGACUUCAAUAUUCUAAAUGAUUUUAGACAAGGGUUGGAUAAUCCAGAGCUCCUAAAAUGGCCUUCCACUGGAAAUGAUCCUUGUGGUUCUUCUUGGCCCCAUGUCUACUGUGCCGGUGACAGGGUCACACAGAUUCAGGUCGCUAACUUGGGUUUGAAAGGAACUCUACCUCCCAGCUUCAACCAGCUCGGAAAGCUAUUCAAUUUGGGGCUUCAAAGGAACAGCUUCAGUGGGGCUUUGCCCUCUUUCAGUGGUCUGUCGGAACUGAAGUAUGCUUUUUUGGAUUACAAUAAUUUCGAUACCAUCCCUUUUGAUUUCUUCGAUGGCCUCACCAAUCUAGAGGUCCUGGCUUUGGAUAGUAAUCCCUUGAAUGCCACUACGGGAUGGUCGAUUCCUGACGGGCUGAGGAGUUCAGCUCAGCUAACCAAUCUGACUGCAAUGCAAUGCAAUUUGGUCGGUCCAAUUCCUGAUUUCUUAGGGAAUAUGUCGUCUAUUACAGUCUUGAUGCUAUCCUACAACAAACUCUCUGGCGGGAUUCCUGCAACUUUUAGCCAGUCAAUGUUGCAGAUUUUAUGGUUGAAUGACCAGAGUGGAAGCAAAUUGUCUGGUCCAAUAGAUGUAAUUGCGUCCAUGGUCUCGCUCACACAGCUAUGGCUACACGGAAACAGUUUCACCGGGGCCAUUCCGACCAAUAUUGGAGACUUGUCAUCUUUGAGGGAUCUCAGACUCAACGAUAACCAACUUGUGGGUCUAAUUCCGGAAAGCUUGUCGAAUUUGCCGCUACAGAACUUGGAUUUGAGGAACAACGCACUGAUGGGUCCAAUUCCGGAGUCCAAAUUCGGUAAUACAUCUUACCUUCCAAACUCAUUUUGUCAAUCUGUUCCUGGGCGCCCUUGUGAUCCUCAAGUUUCAGCACUUUUAGAUUUCCUUGGCGGUGUGAACUACCCUGUUAAACUGGCUACUUCUUGGUCUGGUAAUGAUCCUUGUCAGACAUGGUUAGGAAUAACUUGCGAUUCAAAUUCCAAGGUUUCUGUCAUAAACUUACGCAGAGAUAACCUUAACGGAACUCUUAGCCCUUCGGUUGCAAAGCUGGAUACUUUAACUACUAUUAAUCUUGGGGCAAACAAUCUGACUGGUUCAAUCCCCUUGAAAUGGACUGAUUUGAAAUAUCUGAGGUCGUUGGAUGUAAGUGGGAACAACAUUAAGCCUCCAUUUCCAAAUUUUAGUUUGAGUGUAAAGGUCAAUAAAGAUGGUAAUCCUCUAUUGAAUCCAAUUAGCCCUGCGACCUCUCCCUCACAAUCUAAUUCAUCAUCGGCGAGUCAGCCUUCUCCAUCUAGCAACCUUUCUCCCCCAGUAUCUAACUCAUCAUCAUCAUCACCAUCAGGAAGUCAGCCUUAUCCAUCUAGCAACCCAUCUCCCCCAUCUAAUUUGGGUAGUCCAAAUCACGCACCUUCUACAUCCUCUGAAACAUCUUCAGAAAAAUCUAAACCAAGUAGUUCCAAAACAUCUAAAUUGGUUGUAAUCGUAGCCCCUGUUGCGUGUUUUGCGCUCUUGACUCUUCUGAUACUUCCUCUAUCUGUAUACUACUGCAAGAAGAAAAACCGCAACUUCCAGGCACCGAGUUCCUUUGUGGUUCAGCCCAGAGACCCAUCUGAUCCGGAUAAUAUGGUUAAGAUUGUCGUGUCUAACAACACAAAUGGAGGCUUAUCGACUAUAACAGAGAGCAGUACACAGAGUAGAAACAGUAGUGGAAUGGGAGAAUCUCAUGUGAUUGAGGCUGGAAGCCUGAUCAUAUCUGUUCAGGUUCUUCGGAAUGUGACCAAGAAUUUUGCUCCGGAAAAUGAGUUGGGGCGCGGUGGUUUUGGGGCAGUUUACAAGGGGGAAUUGGAUGAUGGUACAAUAAUAGCAGUUAAGAGGAUGGAGGCUGGCAUCAUUAGCACCAAAGCUGUGGAUGAAUUUCAGGCUGAAAUUGCUGUCCUUUCAAAAGUCCGACACCGACAUCUAGUGUCUCUAUUGGGGUAUUCCGUUGAAGGUAAUGAGAGGCUUUUGGUUUAUGAGUAUAUGCCUCAAGGGGCAUUGAGCAAGCACCUUUUCCGCUGGAAGAGUCUAAACUUGGAGCCUCUUUCUUGGAAGAGGAGGUUGAACAUUGCCUUGGAUGUUGCUAGAGGGAUGGAGUAUCUUCAUAGUCUUGCGCACCAGAGCUUCAUACACAGAGAUCUAAAAUCUUCAAAUAUUCUCCUUUGUGAUGAUUAUCGAGCAAAAGUUUCUGAUUUUGGUUUGGUGAAACUGGCUCCUGAUGGAGAGAAAUCUGUAGUGACCAGACUUGCUGGGACUUUCGGAUACCUGGCACCCGAGUAUGCUGUAACAGGGAAAAUCACAACCAAGGCCGAUGUUUUCAGCUUUGGAGUGGUGUUAAUGGAGCUGUUGACUGGGUUGAUGGCACUUGAUGAGGACCGUUCUGAGGAGACCAGAUACUUGGCUGCAUGGUUUUGGCACAUCAAAUCAAGUAAGGAGAAACUAAUGGCUGCCAUUGAUCCAGCUCUUGAUGUGAAUGAAGAAACAUUUGAGACCAUUUCCAUUAUUGCUGAACUAGCUGGGCAUUGUACUGCAAGGGAGCCCAACCAACGGCCUGAUAUGGGUCAUGCAGUGAAUGUGCUGUCUCCACUAGUAGAAAAAUGGAAACCAUUUGAUGAUGACACUGGGGAAUAUUCAGGCAUUGAUUACAGUCUACCCCUUACUCAGAUGGUCAAAGUCUGGCAAGAUGCAGAAGGUAAGGAUAACAGUCAUACAGGCCUUGAUGACAGUAAGGGAAGUAUUCCUUCGAGGCCCACUGGCUUUGCAGAGUCCUUCACCUCUGCUGAUGGUCGGUAAAUAGCAGGUUAAUGCCCAGUCCUUGGUGAUUGAUAUGUGUUGUAGCUCUUCUUUUAUGAAGUUAUUAAUGUAGUAGGUGUGGAUUAUUCGCUUAUCUGCUUUAAGAUUUUAAUUUCAGCAGCUGCAGUGGGUUUAUCAUUUAUGGAAGAGGGGUUAAGGAAUUAUAUGCUUAGGAGGCCUCGUAUGUGUUUCUCGCUUUUCUGUUAAUUUUCCUUCUCAAUUUCUUUUUGAGUUGUGAGGUUUGUGUGGUAUUGGUGCUGUAGAUAGAGAAAAUAUAAAUGAAAACUUAUCAGUUAUUCCAUGAUUA